GAUUACAAGCUCAUAUCUGGGACAGCCAGCGGAAAACCUCAACUGAACCGCAGCCGCAUGCACUCAAAAAAUAAAUCCAAAGCCAAUUAAGACAAUCAAUCGCAAAACGCCACCCAUAACGUACAAAAAUAAUGAAAUACGAGUACUCGUACUGCAAGCGCCAGCCGACUUCCGUCCCCAUCCCCAUUCCAGUCGCAUUUCCACCUUAGCGCCCCUUGUGAUAGAUGAAUGUCUUCGUGCAUUGUUUAAUCGGCUUAUGAUCAGCGCCGGGCCGAAAGAAAUGCAAAAGAAAAAGCAAACGCAAACUCGAUGAAGUUCGUUGAUUCCCCAUCCAUCAAUCCAUCCAUCCACAUGUUAUAUCAGCUUUGUUUGGCAGUCGAUGAGCUAGUUUCAAUCGGUAAACAUAUGCAUUUUCCGCUCACAGUUGGAACAGCAGAAACCACAGCAGUCUUCGCACGUGUCACUAUUAUUAGCAGCCGUACCAUAUUCGGGGACGUGAGCGGACCAUUGAGGCGCAUUCUAAGUAGACCUCAUUGUCUACUCGUAUACUCAUCAUCAAUUUGGCAGUGUCCCAGCGAUCGAUGAGUGCGCUGCGACCCCUGAAGCCAGCAUUGCAGGCGAUUGCUAUCAAAGAGCUGAAUGAAGUGCCGCAACGGGUGCCCGACGACAUUGAGGCCCUCAGGGAGUGGGUACUGAAGCAACCUCACCUGCGGGCCUGCACAGACGAGCGGUUCCUCUUGGCGUUUCUACGUGGAACGAAAUUUAGCAUGGAGCGGGCCAAGGAGAAGUUCGAUCGCUUUUACACGCUACAAUCCUCCAUACCCGAGGUGUUCAACGAGCGGCGCCUGGCCACAGAUCCUGUGGUGCUCGAUAUCCUAAGGAUGGGAGUGCUGCUGCGACUGCCGCUGGAUGCGGACGACCCAGGGCCAUGCGUGACCAUCAUUCGUGCCGGCUCCUACGACACCAGCAAGUACAAGUUCCAGGACAUCAUACGGCUGGGCUCCAUGUUCGGGGAGAUCAUGAUGUUCGAGGACGAGAACGCUACGAUUAGUGGGUACGUGGAGAUUAUGGACAUGACUGGCGUCACGGGAUCCCAUCUGUUCGCCCUCCAGCCGCAGUUGCUCAGCAAAUUCUCGACCUAUGCGGACGAGGCAAUGCCGACCCGCCAAAAGGGCAUACACUUUAUCAACGUACCCUCGGCCUUUGAAACUGGCUUCAACUCAUUGAGAUCCUUCUUUCCCGCCAAGAUCAAGAGUCGUAUUUCUGUUAGCUCUGACCCGGAUGCCAUAUUCCAAAUAGUUAGUCGCGAAUACCUACCCAAGGAGUAUGGGGGAACCCGUGGCACCAUGGGCGACAUUAGUGAGGACAUGGAAGCUAAGCUAUCCAGCUAUAGCCAGUAUUUUGAGGCCUCGCAGAACUUUGGCACCGAUGAAAAAUUGCGCGAAUUUGGAAAUCGUGUUCGGCACAGCCAUCGCUCCUCUUUUGGGGCUGUUGGGUCAUUCCGUAAACUGGAAAUCGAUUGAAUCUGAAUCGAUUGGAAGGGAUUAAUCAAUAUCAAUGGCGAUUUUGUACAUACAUACAAUACAUUAUAAAUGCAA